AUGGCAAGACGUAAUUUAACCAAGAAUACCAAUGGUAAUGAAUAUCAAAAUACAAACCCAUUUGUUAAUCAAGCUAAUCAAAAUUAUAACAACAACUCCACAAGACAAUCUUAUCCCGGGUUCACUGAUCCUUUCGAUUCUAGCAACAGACUUGAUGAUGGAUCAUUUGAUUUUGAAAAUCGUUCUUCUUAUCCAUCUUCUUCCACAUCCACUUCGUCUAUUGCCAAUCAAUAUGGUCGUCCUUUCACAGUAGGUAACGGAUUAUCAUCAAGUAACGGAAGCAGCGGCUCUCAUUUAUUACAAGGUCAAAAUGAUUACAAUCUACUGCUGCUGCCAAAUCUACAACACCAACAACUCCAAGCUGCUGAAAAUGAUAAAUCGUCGUCCCUUCUAAAUUCCAAUAUAAAUAACAUCAAAGUCGACGUACCUUAUGACUAUGACAGAUACCCCAAAAUCAUUGGCAGAGUAUCAUCGAGUAACUCGUUAAAUAAUACUAGCAACACUGCCCCCUAUCAGUCUGAAACACCAUCAAUAUCAUCCAACUCAUUCAAUAAAAAUGUCAAUAAUACAUUAAACGGUAGCUACAACAACAUUAUUGAUUUUAGUCCAUUUGGUGGCUAUCCUGCCAGUUCAUUCCCACUUAAUAUCGAUGAAAAAGAACCUGAUGAUUAUCUUCAUAAUCCUGACCCAGUUCACGACGUGAUUUAUGAGAAAAAUAGAUUUUGGAAUGAUUUGAAAACUGCUGAUCGUAAAUCAUUUGGUGGGAUUUUGGGCUUCUUAUUUUUGAUUGCAGCAGCAGUGGCGGUGUUUGUCGUGGUCCCAGCAUUGACUUAUUCGGGAGUAACCACUCAUAGUCCUCCACAGGAAUACGAGAUUUUAAGCCACUAUUCAUAUCCAUUACUUUCAGCAAUUCGUACUUCAUUGAUCGACCCGGAUACUCCACAGGACGCUUUGAAAAUGAAAGCUAAAGACGGUAGUAAUUGGUCUUUGGUUUUCAGUGAUGAAUUUAAUAUUAUGGGAAGGACUUUCUAUGAAGGCGACGAUCAAUUUUGGACAGCCCCUGACUUGCACUAUGACGCCACUAAGGACUUGGAAUGGUACGACCCCGAUGCAGCAACUACGAGUAAUGGUACUCUCAAUUUACAAAUGGAUGCAUUUAAAAAUCAUGAUUUGUUUUAUCGGUCAGGGAUGGUACAAAGCUGGAACCAGUUAUGCUUUACUCAGGGUAAACUUGUUAUCUCGGCACGUUUAGCUAACAAAGGUACCGUUUCUGGAUUAUGGCCAGGGAUAUGGACAAUGGGUAACUUAGGUCGCCCCGGAUACUUGGCUUCUACCGAGGGGAUAUGGCCAUAUUCGUAUGACUCUUGUGAUUCUGGUAUCACUCCUAACCAAUCAUCACCCGACGGUAUUUCAUAUUUACCCGGGCAAAGAUUAAACAAAUGUACUUGUCCUGGUGAGUCGCAUCCUAAUCGUGGUGUUGGGCGUGGUGCUCCGGAAAUUGAUGUCAUUGAAGCAGAAAUUAGUACUGAUGCCACUGGCAAUAGAGAAAAUCUUGGUGUUGCAUCCCAAUCAUUACAAUUAGCACCAAUGGAUAUUUGGUACUACCCUGACCUUGACUAUUUGGAGAUUUACAACACUUCUAUAACCACCAUGAAUACUUAUACUGGUGGUCCGUUUCAACAAGCAUUGUCAGGAACCACCACAUUAAAUAAAACUUGGUACGAACUAGGAGGUAAUGGUGUACACAAUUUUCAAACGUAUGGAUAUGAAUAUUUAAAUGAUAAAGACAAUGGGUAUUUAAGAUGGUUUGUUGGUGAUAAUCCUACAUUGACAGUUUACCCACAAGCAUUGCACCCUAAUGGGAAUGUUGGAUGGAGACCAUUGAGUAGAGAACCCAUGUCAAUUGUUAUGAAUUUGGGGGUUUCAAAUAAUUGGGCUUAUAUUGAUUGGCCUAGUUUGAGUUUCCCAUCAACAUUCCGUAUUGAUUAUGUUCGUCUUUAUCAACCACCAAAUCAAAUUAACGUUGGAUGUGACCCAGCAGGGUUCCCUACUUCUGAUUAUAUCGAACAGCACAUCAAUGUGUAUCAAAAUGCUAAUUUAACUUCAUUUGAAGAUGGUGGGUAUAGUUUCCCAAAACAUUCGUUAAUUGGUUGCUAA